AAACAAAACGAUUCCCCAAGAAAAACUCUAAAAAAUCAAAACCAGCUCCUAUAUUACCACCGUUAGAGGAUCAAACUAGUUGGCCUGCCCCGGCUGAGGUAUUGAUUAAAGAUAAAGCAAAAGAAGCAAGUGAGCAAGCGGAGAAAAAGAAUGAUACCGGAAAGAAAGAGGAAGGGAGCAGUCCGAAAAGGGGUGAGUUUACAGUAGACAGCGAGAAUGCGCUAAACAGUGCGGACGUACGCUAUAUAGAGGUGGUGAUUGCAGGUAGUUCACGCGCAGCAGCAGGUGCAAUAACAAUGAUAAAAGCAAAGGCAAAUGGAUUCCAAUUCCAGCAACGAUUACUCAUACAACUCCGCUUCCCAAUCACCAUCACGGAUACAAGCAUCGACGCCGUAGCGAAGAUACAAUCACACUUUCGCACAAUAGACGUGAUAGAUAUUCACAAUAUGACGAUGUUAAUGGCCGAGAUGGUCGAGAGGGUAGAUGGGAUAAAGAGGGAAAGGAAGGAAGAGGCUGGGAUAGAGAGGGACGAAGAGGAAGAGGAGAAGGAGGAGAAAGCAGUGGACGAGAGAGCGGAAGAGAGAAUGGAAGAGAAGGGAACAUAUGGCAGGAGAUAUAUGCAUAAUUCGGACGGAAAUGGGCAAGUUUCUGGCCAUGUCAAUAAUAAUAUGUAUCGUGGUCGGAGAACUGGUCGAGGCCGUUCAUACGGAUCCCGUGGCCCACCGCGCUCCGCUAGCGCUAUCUAUUCUCCCGGGUAUACUCAGACAUACAGUGUCUUUCCCAACGCCAAAAUGCCUGUCGUGAUUGAUGUUGAUGUGUUGAAAUACUACAUUGUCCAACAAGUGGAAUAUUAUUUCAGCAUAGAGAACCUUUGUAAAGAUAUAUUCUUACGGAAUAAUAUGGAUUUAGAAGGAUACGUCGAUGUAUCGUUAUUAGCGGGAUUCAAUAGAGUAAAGAAUCUGACGACAGAUGAGGCUCUCGUUCGUGAGGCUUUGCUUUAUAGUCAUAUAUUGGAAGUCAAUGGGGAUAAAGUCAGAAAGAGAGAGGGCUGGGACUUUUGGUUAUUAUCGAAGCAGAUCCAACGGGCCUCGUGA